AUGACCUGGCCCAAAAUGCUUCAUACUGUCUCGGAAUACAACGGGGCCCCACCGGGUCGACACAAAGCGGAGUCUCGGAAAGAUCAGAGUGGGCGGUUCAAGGACUUGAACCAGGUGGAGAAUUCAGCCAAAAAGUUCUAUCCUCUCAUACCAUCUUCAUGGAAUAAUAUGUGUGUGGAGGCAGAAACUGAGGAGAUGGGAAAUCAGAAACGGUUCCAGGACGGAAAACCUCUUAAGGAAUACUCUUUCAUCGAGGGAGCGAAGAAGUAUCAGGAGACUUAUUACCCAGACGCAGAGAUGUCUUACGCCUUCCCAGCAGGCUACGUACUUAGCACCGAGAGGAAAUCCUUGAGGGAUCGAGCCCAACAAAUGGCAGAAAGAGGUGAACCGGUACUUAUUGUCAACAUGUCAGAGGGAGUCCUUACCCGUUAUAUCCAAAACCGACAGGAAUAUCUCAAAUUCAAGGACAAAAUCAGAGUCGUGAAUUACACCCAGUUCUCAGGCAGCAGUCAGCCAGGAAUUGGUUCUCUUCUCGAAAAUUGUAAUUCUAAAAGAGAAAUGCAUGUACUCGUUGAUGAAAUGCCGGUCAAUUGGGGAAUGGAGGAAAGCGAAUCAGAAGAAAUCGGGCGUUGCUGGAAAGACUUCGCGGGAAAUCAUAAAUGCCUAAGUGUUUGGAUCGCCUGGCGUCCCAGUGAUGCCAGUUACCGAGAGACUCUUGAUCUGCAGGGAGUGAUCGAUUCCUUGGGACGCGAAAAAGUGGAACUGCUUGUAGAGGUCAAGAGAAGCACGAAGGAAACAGGGCAAUUUGUGACGGAAGUGACCCGGUUCAUACCAAAUAGGUUCCCUUGCUUGAAUUUCCUCCCCAUGCAGGGCCUGGAAUUUGGAGCUUCUUACAGGGAGGUUCCAGGAGGAGUGGGAAAACUUGUUCCUAGAGUUGUCUAUGUGAAAGCUUCCCCAAAAGACAAGUUGUCAUACCUAUGGGCUUCAGAAGCUGCUGUGGCAAUCAAAUCAUCACUGACAGAUUCUCUGUACUUAACGAUCAUUACUAAAAUGUUCUGGGAAAGGGAUGUCCUGGUUCGAGAUAUCGGUGAUCGGCUAGGGAAAGGAGUCGCCUUCCUGGACUCAAAUGGGAAUAUCCGAGGUCAUUCGAACCCUGGAUUUCUCAUCUUCUAUGAACGCCAACAUGGCCAGAAGAUCCCUUCAUGUCAUCACCACCGACCCAUUGCCUUGAGUCACUGGGAAGAACCUGAACGGCUUGGACUCGUCUCGAUAUAUCCUUUACGCGAACUUCGUCCUACAACCAACGUUUCUGCUGGUCUACUGGAUGAAUCGUCUUAUGCAGAGAUCUCGUGGGCCAUGUUCAUGGAACCAGACUGCCCCAAUCCACAUUAUUCCGAGAUCGAUGAGAGAAAAUUUGAGCUUCUCUUCGGAUCAAACCGCUCGGGAAAGACUACUUUUCUCCUCGAGAAAUUAAUGUGGAAGGUGCAGCAAGAGAAGAUUGCUGAAUCGACAGCAACAAUCAAUUCACAUAUUAUGCUCGUUGACUGUAGCAGAUGGAACAGGCAUUCAUAUCCAAGGAGCCUCUCCACGACGGACUUGAAAGAGAAGCUAAAGAUGAGAGGAAUGAACGAGGAGAUCGAAGUAUUCGAUAUCCACGACCUCUUCCAGCAACUCGGGAAUAUUGUGUCUCUUUCCCCCCGAGUCAUUGAACAACUUCUGAUGAAUAUGUUGGAGAAGGGGCAGGAAGACGGACGAAGAAUUCAUAUCGCAUUCCAUGAUGCACCCGUUCAUCCCAUCGAUGGCGACACGGACGUUUUGAGCGAUGUAUGGGAGUCCAUCUUCGGAUCACUCUCUCGGUUUCAAGACUCACUUGCUUCUCUCACCAUUGCCUUCCAGUCUUAUACCCAAUGUUCGAGUACCCGCUUCGACCUCAAGCGAUUUUUCUGCGCAUUUCUAAAAAAUGUUCACAGACAUUUUGAGGGAGAUUUUGAAUUUACCACUUUACCGUACUAUCAUAGGGUGAGAAUCCUGGAGGGAGGAUGGCGAGAUGUGGGGUUUCCUCGCCUCCUUCAUCACAUCCUCUCUCACGAAUCGCCCGAUGAACUGAGGAUGAUACCAGUGACUUUGACCAUGAGACCUGAAGUCUCCUCUCUCGUGUUCGGGGAGAAACCAACCCUCAUCACUCCUCCUCUCGCAACGCAUUACCAUGGGGGAUUCAAGUGCAUCAGUGGCCAAGGUCGAGGAUGCGUUGCUAUAACCGCUGCUGCUUUCAUGCACUCUUACAUCCAGGAGAACGUCGUGGUGUUGAUAUCAGAUGAGAUGACCAGGGAGAUCUUCACUGACGCUCUCAAGCUGAUGAAAACAACGAAAGUGCCAGAGAUCUUCAGUCCGAGUGAUUUCCGAGGAUGCGAGAGUCCUCAGGUGAUGUGCGUUGGGGUAGAAGACUCAUGCAUGAUUGAGGGGAUCUCUCGGGCCAUCCGUACCCUCUUCAUCGUCGAGGGUGGGACUCACACAGUGGUACAAAGUCGGAUCAAACUUUGGAGGGAGAUGGAGAGACGAGGCCUCCUAGUCCAUCGCCCUUUAGUAUCUUCCGCAGCCCUUGACACCUUCUCUACGGAUGACUGGAGGUCACUGAAUCGGAAAUGCUCCUUUCUCAAGGUGCAGUUCUCACGCCUUCAUAUAAGAAAUAUUGGAAUGGAGGAUGGCGAAUGCAGGGAGACUUCUUGUUGUGACGGAAAGCAGAGGAUUUUCGCCAUGGGAAGAGGGAAAAAAGGCAUUCCUGGAAUUUUGGAAGUUCUUAAGUCAGACUCAACUCUCUGGGUUCCGGGAUUGCAUUCCGCAGAGGACGUAUUCCUCGCCCAUUCUGGUAGACUCAUCCAUGGGAGGCAGAAGGAUGUGAGGAUUCUCCAUGUAGAGGGAAAGGAUCCCUGUGAGGCCUCGUUUAGAUGGGACGAAGUACUUCGCAUCCCCCCUCAAUUCUUCAUCAAGAGCACCACAGGAGUUGUAAUUCAAGACUCUCUUUUCCUCUUCGGAGGAGAGGGAAAUUCUCCUGAAGGAUGUCGACUGGACCUCAAUGCAGAGACUUGGACGACUCUCUCCCCCUUGCGAGAGAAGAGGAACGGCGCAGCUUCGAUGAUGUUGGACCCCCACACUAUCCUGGUUUUGGGGGGUUGGGACUCCGAAACGCAGAAAGCACUCUCAAGCUCCGAGUGUUUGGACACAAGAACAUUGCAAUGGUCUCACUUUCCCCCUAUCCCCAUUGCUCUCUCGUCUCAUGCCGUCGCCGUGUACAACGAGCACCUGUACAUCUCAGGAGGAUUUAGCGAGGGGGAAUCACAGACGGAGGUUUGGAGGUGGAGGGUAAAUGGGGGAGGGCCAUGGGAGAAACUCCUCCCAUUGAACAUAGGCAGACAUGAUCAUGGAUUUAUGGAAGACGGUGCAGGGACACUCUCUGUCAUUGGUGGGAGACAACGAAGGGGUCAGUAUGAUGUUUUUGUCCUAGAGACGGAGAAGCUGACUCUGAAUGGAGAAAUAGGAUGGGUCACUCAAGAAAAACUUCCCUUCAUGUCAGUCUUGAAGGCAAAUGAGAUGGAAUGA